UUGUAGGAGUCUUAGUUGGGAUAGGUGGCUACGGCCAGCGCUACCGCUACCAUCCCUUCACCCGCUUCAUAUUCCUUGGAGCCAAUACACUAUUCUUGCCUAUCCUCUCUUAUGUCGUCUCCACCCUUGGCGACAGCUCCAAUGAUUAUGUCAGUUCAGUAGAUAACGAAUGCACAACACCCAUCUUGGCUGCUUUAUGCCAUUCUAACUUCCACCCAUGCAUUGUCAUAACAUGGGCAUUCCUCGUUCAAAUUGCCACCAUCAAUACUACCCCAGUUCUUGCCAUCAAUCCUAGAGAAGGUCGAAAUGUAGGACCCUCUCUUGAGCUACUUGUUAAGGUCAUAUGGACCUUUUACUUGGCUGCUAGCAUCAGCAGAAGCCGUUUUCUUAAUGCAAUCUUCAGAGUAUUGCAUGGUAAAGACCGCACGCCAUCUAGCUCCGUUUCCAUCUGUGCCAAAAUUAUGUUCGCACCUUUUGUUCUCAUCUGCGCCAAAAUUGUGUGCAAAUACUUUGCAUUUGAAAAGGCGCGGCUAUCAUUUGAACUUGGACGCAAUCCUGCCCUUGUUUUUGGGUACAUGAAGCAGCUAGAAUGACAAGAAAGGAGUCAACCUGGUGAAUCAGUGGUAGGUGAGGAUGCCCCUCCUCCUCUCUUGGUUAUGGGAGAAGAUAGGAGACAAGUGGUGAAUCAACCCUGUGGGUAUGUGUUCACCAAUGGCUCAGGGACAAUGGGGAUUGCAACCACUGGCUUGGUGACCCUUGAUAAAAUUUGGCAGUUGGACAAUGUUCAUCCUAUGAUGCCAAGACUAAAAGACUUGUGCUUGUCCUUUGCAUUAUUCAAGAUAUUGAGGUGCCGGUUUGCAAGGUACAAAAUUACUAAUGUUCGCUCUGUGAGGAUGCUCAAGUUUUUCUGCAGCCUGCUGCUAAAGGAUGGUGGACAUGACAGGGUGUUCAGGGUGGUUGCAGAUGAACUUUCUUUUGUUCACGAUUAUUAUUAUUCAUCCCUCUCAAUAUCCUACGCAAAGUGCUGGCUGCCCAUCUUGGUUGUCUUUCUUUCCCUCUUGAGCAUAAGCUACUGCAUCGUGGCUGCAUGUUUCAUUGUGCUACUUGCAGCUAAAGAGAACAAGAAUGGAAUUUCUUUGGGUUGGGAUAUUCCAGACAGAUCCAUUGUAAAUUCUGGUGCACUCAAGUACAGGAGGUAAGCAUAUGGCGACCUGAAAACUUUGGAGGCUUGUAUUUUGAUGUGGUGCCGGUAUUUUUCCUUCUUGCUCUGGUCCUGAUUUCUGAGGCGAGGGUUAUGGCUUCCUACAUUUGCUCCAGCUGGACUAAAGUAGCCCUCAUAUGUCACCGUGUCAAUUCUACCUCUUUGCAACAUCCACUGAGAAUGAUUAGAUGGGUUGCUAGCCUUUUGCUGAAGUGCAGAUUAAAGAUAAUGAAGCACUGGGAUGAAACAAUAGGGCAAUGCUCAGUACUGGUGCUUCACCCAAGACCAAUCCUGUUUGACCUUAUCAGGCAUAUUCUCAGAUUGCCUGACCAGGAGAGGAAGGUCAAGGUACCAGCAGUGGUGAAGAUUUGCAGCUUCGAUGUGCUCAGAAACAGCCACAGCAAUGAGUGCCAGCUAAGCAAUGGAACAGCAUCUCUGCACCGGAGCCAAGUUGGUGAAAGCUUCCUCUGGGCCUGCAACAGCAUGGGUACAUCUGCUAUCAUACUUACCUGGCACAUCGCCACAUCCAUCCUUGAGGUGAGGCACCCUUACCGACCUGAUCAAGAGGAAGGUUCUUCGAUGAUUUGUAACCAACACAAGAUUGCUGCCACUCACCUGUCACGGUACUGCGCAUACCUUGUCACCUGGUGCCCGGAGCUUCUUCCUGACGAGGAUGAAUGGAGCAAGAGCUUGUACAAUGCUGUGAAGGAGGACGCCACACGUGUCCUCGCUGUCCGGGCUGCAUCUAGGCCGUUGACACCUGAGGUUGAGUACCAGGAUCUAGUGCAAUUGCUAAGUGAAGACUCCAAACAUGAGGUUUUGAAGAAUGGCGUGAGGCUCGGAAAGCAAUUGGUGGAGUUGGUCGAGGGUGAGGAAGCAGCAUGGGCAAUGCUCGCCGGCUUCUGGGCGGAGAUGAUUCUGUACGUGGCACCUUCGAAGAAUCUGAGAGGGCACUCGAUGGCCAUCGCCCAUCGCCCGUGGCGGCGAGCUGAUCACGCUCCUCUGGGUGUUGCUCUUCCAUGUUGGAAUCGUUAGUAGGCCGGAUCUGGGACCAGACGCCCGCCAUGCCGGUGAUGAUGGCAUUCAUUGCUGCCAUCAGCCGGUGCAUCUGCCUUGCUUGCAGGCUUCUUCUUGGGUGUCAUCUCUGCGUCUCCAGAGGCAAAAACACGGCGCGUCGGGCAACAAGGGCACUGUACUACAUCACAAGCUAGGCUCCUCAUGCACGGUGAGUACUUUGAUGAGGUGCUUGCCGUCCAGCACAAGACUGGAAUGAGGAAUGUUUGGUCCAGGGCUGCUGGAUGUUCACGUCAACUUUUUGCUGGGCUAGUGGCUUUCCCCUUCCAUUGGUCCUUGAACAAAGUGACUACCGACUAGUGAGUAGUGACUAUCUCCAGAUGCCAACACCAACAAAGAAAAAGAAGCACAUACGGCACGGUUAGCUUUUGGCCAGCCCAAGGUGCUGCCAAUCGAUCAUCAUAGGAAAUUGUGCAUCCGUACCAAGGCUCCCUGAAUAAUUAGGACCAGGAUUACAUUAGAUGCAUGGUCAUGGUCCCUCGAAGAUAUAAGGCUGUUGCAAGCUAGCAAAGCAAAAAUUAAAGCAGGAGGCCUAAAGCGCAAAGGUGAAACCCAUGUUUGGCCUUUGAUACUCUUGCUGUGCUGCUACCAAGUGUAUAUUAUCAUCUAGUCUAUCUAUACCUUCAAGAAUUUUUUUCAACCUA